UCAUGCAUGUGUGCAACGCAGGGAACAGCCAGAUGGCACAGUGAGGGGGGAAACCCAGGAGUGAGAAUCACCGCUCACCAUUGCUGUACUGCCCUGAGGGGGAGAGCCAGGGCUGGAUCAGACCUAGAGCACAGAGCCUGCAAAUCAAGAUAAGAAUAGAAGAGGUCGGCAAACUUUGACGGAAAAAGAAUACUGACCCCUGUUUUGCUCACGUUGGAAGCCGCACCGGCAGCCCUAAUGGCUAGUAAUAACACAGCCAACAUAGCGCAAGCCAGGAAGCUUGUGGAGCAGCUGAAAAUGGAGGCCAACAUCGACCGAAUAAAGGUAUCGAAAGCAGCUGCAGAUUUGAUGGCCUACUGUGAAGCUCACGCCAAGGAGGACCCACUAUUGACCCCUGUGCCUGCUUCAGAAAACCCAUUUAGAGAGAAGAAGUUUUUCUGCGCCAUCCUGUGAGGUGGAAGUUGGUCCUGCGGUGCGGUCAGGCUCCCCGAACACUGAUUUGGAAUUUUUAACAUCAAAGACUCUUUGUACGGUCUGCAGAAUCACAACAACAACAAAAGCUAAUGACCGGUGGAAGCUGCUGUGUGCGCCUCUAGAAACAUGGCGCCUAGCCGGAACAAGACAAAAGCUGAUUUGCACCAAGACUUGUUGUGUCUUCCGGCUUGUAGAAAACAUGUAAAGUAAAAAAAAGCUUUGUGUCACCUCUUGGUUAAAGAUCCUGCUUCUCAUAGGGUUUUUUUUAUUAGUAUUUUUUUCUUUCUACCCAUUAUUUUUUGUUAAUGGGAAAAAGUUUUAUAUAUAUUUUUUGUUUGUUUGUUUGCAUAAGAAAUGUUAAAGGAUGUACGGUGUAAUUUACUUUUAUUUCUGUUUUUCGGAUGUUAUUUUUAUGUUAAAUUAAAUUGUUCUUUUCUAGCUGCAGGGGGAAAAACAAAGUUGCGAUGGUGUUUCUCUGUAACAUUUUGAUAUUGUGCAUUGUUGCGUUAGAGUAGCACAAAGAUGGUUUUCACAGUGGAGAUCGUAGAAAAUAUAAUCAGUGUGUACUGCGGAGCUAGCCGGCGUUGGGCCACCGUUCACUGUUAAACUUGGCUUGUGUUUUAAUUGGGGGGGCGCCAAAAAUUUUACCACAAUUUCUAAUGUUUUUAACUCCACUUUUUAUUCUGCAAAGAAAUUUGUCUAGUGCUGUAAUUUUUCUAUUUUUCCCCAAAGCAUUUUGGCAUGGAAAUAAAUGAAAUCCUCUCCACGUGUA